AUGUCGGACGCAGGUCGAAAUACUCCAGUGGAGAUGAAGCCACUCCCAGAGGUCCAUGCUAGACAGGAUGUCUCUGGCGUUAACACUCCUCCAAACCAGGUGUACCUGCCCUCGCCUUCGCCUCCAGUGCAAGAUGGCAUGAAUGAUAGCAACUACUUCAGUGGUCCCAGGGAUCUCCGAGGCCAUUCCAAAUGGCCACUCAUCCUUCAACUCCACGGCUCAAUCAUGCCAUCGCUCAUCAUCCCUCUUUUCCUCGUCGCAUGCUGGUCCACUGCUAUCACGGUCAUAUCCAAGAAAGUUCAUGAUCUCAGCGUCAACUCUGUUCUUCUCACUAUUCUCGGUUUCGUCGUCGGUCUCAGUCUUUCCUUUCGAUCAUCCACUGCUUACGAGCGCUACGCAGAGGGUCGUCCGGACACUGGUGCUGAUGGUCAAGAUACUAGAGAGCUGCUUAUCAAGAAGCUUGGAGCGCUGAAGCUCAUCGCUGGGUUUGCCGUUGCACUGAAGCACACGCUUCGCUUUGAGCAUUGUGCGAGUCAACCUGAUAUGCAACCCUACAUCGCCCACCUCGACACAUUCUCAGGCCGUACAACAGCCGUGCCGAAGCGAAGAGUCACAAACUUCAAACAGGUGGCUGGUGAAUAUCUAGGUCUCUCAUUCGCGCAGAGUGAUCCCCGCAAGCACCUCAAGAGAGCCGAAGAGCACCAAGGAAAUCUUCCGCUUGAGAUACUGAACCAUCUUGCCAUCUCUGUCGACUGUCUCGUGGCAAACAAGCAGCUACCCGUUGCCAUCCACCAAACUGUUGCGUAUAAUCACAUCACCAUGCUCAACGACGUAGCAGUCGGGUGUGAUCGAGUGCUCAAUACCCCCUUGCCGAUCGCAUACACUAUCGCCAUUAGUCAGAUCACGUUUGUGUAUGUUAUGCUGCUGCCGUUUCCGUUGACCGGCCCUCUUGGCUGGAUAGCUAUCCCGGCUACCAUCACUGCAGCAUAUAUCAUCUUUGGUCUAUUGUUCAUUGGACAAGAGAUCGAGAAUCCAUUUGGUCGUGAUGUCAACGACUUGCCGCUAGAGACCUUCUGCGAUCAGAUUGCAACUGAUCUUGACAUCACUGCUUCAUUCGAUCGCCGGGGUGCUGACCAUUUCUUGCUUAACGGAACACCCCUAUAUCCUGUCAGUGCUGCGUCAGGAAAUGCUUGGAUGGAUAGUAGCGAGGAAAAAAUGAGGGAAACUAUCAAGACUAAGCCGCAUGUUCUGUUCAGCUGGCGACGUCAGAGGUCUCGUGAGAAUUCAUCCAAGGAGAUGGAUGGGAAGAUUGUGUAG